GGUUUGCUGACCCACUUGUCGCAGUAGUUGUCCUAAACGAUCAUGUGGUCCUAUUGCUGCUCAGAGACCGGCGUUGACGUGCUGGAUGCGGGGAGCAGCCCGGCAGACAAAAGCCUCAUUGAGCCCAUCGAUUCUACGGGCAGACGCUGGCGCGAUGCUUCCUUUGCCGGAGCACGUCGAUGCAGCUGCAAGGCAGAGGCCACUGACACGGACACCUCAGAGUCCGAGAACGAAGGGAGCCCUGGCACCAGUGGGUGGGUUCGAGAAGCCUCCAGCCGUGAAUUGAAUACAGCUUGGAGGGAGAAUGCUGGAAAGAAGUCUCAGCUGGGUCCGCCGGACACACAGCUCUUCGCCUCGGGCCUGGCAACACUGACGUCCAAGCGGAAGUCGCAUCCACAAUGGUUGACGAUGAAGGCUGAGUGGGAAGAGAAAGUUCGCGCGCAGUGCCAGGAUCCACGAGAUGCAGAGCGUAAGGCCGCCCUAGCAAGCAUCCAGGCAGCGACAUCAGGAGUGGGAGGUUCUUGACACCCAGCCCAGCUGCAGACUCCACCAAGUGAGAGUGCUUUGGUUGUCAAGAAGCAGGUCCGGGCGCCCACAGACUACCCAAUAGACAUUGCAGCGCAGCAGCCGUAGCA